UCUGCAAGUGUGUUGAGAAAAAAAAAAGAAUGAAAGGGGUGUUUCAAAAGUUAUAAACAGAGAUUAUACAUUAAUAGGCCAGAGGACAUCUCCACGCUCAAGCGCUUCACAGUGUUCUGGGCCACCUCCUGCUAACCGACAUGUAUCUGUACGUCCUGGCACUCGUCGUGUUCUACUACGUGUACCGCUGGAUCAGGGAGCUGCCCAGGGUCUCUGACAAGGGCGACAAGUAUGUGUACAUCACCGGCUGCGACACAGGCUUUGGAAAUCUCUUGGCCCGUCACCUGGACAAACUGGGCUUCCGAGUCAUCGCCUCCUGCUACACGGAGAAGGGCGAGGAAGAGCUGAGGAAAUCGUGCUCCGGAAACUUGACCACCACACAUCUGGAUGUUCGAUCGAAUGAAAGUGUCACCAAAGUUGCAGCGAUGAUCAAGGACAAAGUGGGGCAGCGUGGCCUGUGGGCCAUAGUGAACAAUGCAGGUGUGUCUGUGCCCUCGGCCCCGUGUGACUGGCUGACCAUUGAUGACUACAAGUCCAUGCUGGACGUGAACCUAAACGGGGUGAUCGCGGUGACUCUCAGCGUCCUGCCGCUCAUCAAGAAGGCGAGGGGCAGGGUGGUCAACGUAGCCAGUGUGUUUGGGAGAAUUAGUCCCACCGGGGGCCCGUACACGGUGUCCAAGUAUGGCGUGGAAGCUUUCAACGACAGCCUCAGGCUAAAUAUGGCACCCUUUGGUGUCAAGGUCCUGUGCAUUGAACCGGGCUUCUUCAAAACAAACGUGACUGAUGCCGCAAUCCUGAGUAAGAACGUGAAGUCCUUGUGGGCCAAGAUGCCGCAGGAGGUCAGAGACGACUAUGGACCGGAGUAUCUUCAGAAAUCAUUAGCACUCUUAACAGAUAAAGUUGCAAAGCUAUCAGACGCAGACCUGAUGAAGGUGGUUAACUGUAUGGAGCAUGCGGUCUCGGCCGUUCGGCCACGCACCCGCUACUCGCCAGGAUGGGAUGCAAAAUUGUUCUGGCUGCCGCUCUCCUACAUGCCAACCUGCGUCUCCGGCUACAUUCUGAGCAGAGAAGCCAUUCCGAUUGCCAAGUCAAUGCAAUAAAAGGUGUUAACAUUUUAAACACCAUUUGAUAUAGUAGUGUGUGCCCAAAAUGUAAUUGCAAGAAAUGUGUACCUAUUUUUUUUUCCCUACUGAAAUUAUGAAACUAGUUCUCCCUCUCUCUCUCCUUCCCUCCCACUCCAACCGUCUCUCCCAUGGUUAUGCUAUGCCAUAUUGAAGGCCUUAUCUGAAGGAAGCAUAUGUUCAGGCCAUUGUACAUCCCCUUGGUGAUAAGCCUGUGUUAAAGGUUGGGGUUCAUACGUCUCAGUAGGUCAAUAAAAAGCAUUCCAUGCAGCAUGAUCACAUUUCCUUGUACAUUUUACAAAAACAAGGAUACAAGAUUUCCCCUCUUAAUAUUCUGCAAAGUACCCUCUUCCAGAUAAAACAAAUAAAUCCAAGUUAACUACA